AUCAGGAAGAAUUUACAACGUGCCUGUUUGACAGAGUGUUUUGCUUCGAGAAAAAUUUUACUGUCACUUUUCCCAAAUAUCGUGUGUCGCGAAGAGCUUCAAUACAAUCAACAAUUGUACUCGCUUGCAAAACGCAUCGAUUAGCAAGAAAAUUAAACGCGAAAAUGCAGGAGGAGAUAGCUGAAGUGAAAGCUGAAGAUAAUUUGCUCUUGAUAGAGCACACUUUACGCCCAAUAACGUACACUUCUUGGCUCCUGGGCGUCGGCAUUGCACGUCCGCAGAAGUAUCCUAAGGCAGUAACGGUCAUCAUACGUAUCAUUCAUUCCGUCCUGUGUUCCAUUGAGAUGAUAAAAGAAUAUAAGUUAGAAAAUAACUCCAAAUGCGCUACUGCUAAUGAUGUCGAAUAUGCAUUUAAGUCCGUUCAGUUCGUGAAAUGGCUGAUUUGUCACGUGUCAACGUAUUACUACGUUUAUAAUGGGAUCAGUCAGUUCGACAAGUGGCCGGAGCUGAUGCACAGAUUGGAAGAGAUCGAUCAGAAGAUCAGGAAGGAAAUAUCCAUGAGUGACUGGCGUGUAAUAAAAGUCGAAGCGUUAGCGAUUUUCGCAACGUUCGCUUGCUGUCCUUUGUUCCUGAUCGUGCACGUUCUGUAUUAUUACUUUGCACAUCCAGAGUGCAAUUACGUGUCCGACUUGUUGUUUUACUACAUAUCAGCUCAGACGUUAAUCAACAGUUUCGUCUUCAACGUUAUCGUAUAUGUGCUAUAUUAUAGAUUCCAAACGAUAAAUAAAUUGAUCGGCCAAUGGGAUGAGAUAUCUGAUGCGUCAUGGGUCGCGCUUAAGAUUAGACGCAUCAGAGAACUGCAUAGUGGUAUUCGUGUUCUCAUCAUCACGGUAAACGAUACUUACGGCCCUCAUUUCCUCAUCUGCUCGGUGAACUGCUUUAUCAUGAUUGUGGCUUCACUAUUCAAAAUGAGUAUGGAUGAAACGUGCAUGGAUGAAAAAGCAUUCGUAAUCAAAGAUAAAAUGUUUUGGCUACUGCAUGUCAUGCAAUUCGGUCUGACAUGCUGGAUUUGCACACUUGCGCAGGAAGAAUCCCAGAGGACCGGAACAUUUGUAUACGCAUUUGUACUGAAUUGCAAAAAUCUGGACGUAGAAUGCAUCAGAAACGAAGUCAACGAUUUUUCAGUUCAGCUACAACAGUAUCGAGUAGCAUUUACGGCCUGCAACUCCUUCGAAGUAAAUAAUGCUCUUUUCAUCGUUUUCGUCGCAAUUACCGCCGUUUAUUUGAUAAUUCUUGUUUAAUUUAAUGAAUGAAGAUUUGCUUAAAUUCUACAAAAUUUUGUCGAAAAUAUAUACCUAAAUAAUUGGAUGUCUAGCAACACUAUGUCUUUCAGCAUUAAUUUUGCAUUGUGUUUUGACGAUAAUAGUUUUUUUAGAUAUUCAAAGUUGGUACUUAAUUAAAAGAAAUAAGCUUUAUACAAUCUAUAAUGGUUUAUUAUAUAAUCUAUAGUGGUUUGAUAUUAAAAUUUUUGUAAGUAUUUUAAUGCUUGGAUGGAAAAGAAUAGCGUACAAAAGGCGACAAAUGCAAGUUGAGCGCUGUAAUUAGAGAUCAAUUACAUUUUAAUAACAAAA